GGCUAAGAAAAUACCGCGGGUGUUGUAACAUACGACGAAGCUGAGGAAGCCAUGGCGCACCUCCCUCCGCGGAUCAGCGCACCCCCGUCUGCGGUUUCUUCCACCGGUUCCCCGCUGCUAUCUAGUCGCUUAGCAGAACAUCCACCCGCCACACUUGCAAGUGACACGGUCGUGUUCUCGCACACUAAAACACCGUCUCGCCAAUCGAGCGUCGUUGCUGGCACAACGUCACCUGUUGCUCCUUAUCGACUGCCUGAAACAAUACCUGCAAAACAUGAGACGCAACCUCAACUUAAGAAAUCCCGCGUGGAAGCGCCUCGUGGCGAUUGUGUGCGGCGGGUGACAGUACGCGUCAUGAAGCACGGAGACAAACUGGGGUUUGGAGUGCGUCACGACCGGUACAAGCGGCUACAAGUGUCCACUCUACAGGGUGGGGACUCGACGUUGCAAGUGGGGGAUACACUGUUGUCCGUGAACGGCCAGGAUCUCACGGGUCACGAUUUCCUAACGGUUAUCCAAAUACUGAAGGCCACGCGACCGGGAGAGCUGGUGUUCGAGAUCGAGAGGCCCAAUGGACAAGUGGCUACAUCUCAAGCAGUUCCUGCUGCAACGACAUCGACUGGAAAUCCAUGGAGUUCUGCUGAAGUCGCAGCAUCGGUAUCUACUAGUGGAUCAGGCCAAGCUUUUAGGUCCCCGAAUGGUACCAACCCAGGUACGGUGGGUGCUGGGAGGACGCUUGCAACUGCAAUAAUACCUCGAACAGGAGUACCGCCUCCGUCAAUUCCAGUGACAUCGACGACUACGAUGAAUGGCGUACAGCAACCGAGGAAACGAGCGCGACCUGCUCAACGUGCAGUGACGAUGUUGGACGACAACGGCCAACCUGUGAAUGUUACGGCUCUCCUUGCUGAUUUAAAGAAGGAACGCGCUACCAAAGCAGCACUUGAAGAAAAGAACGCAGGGCUCCGCAAGCGAGUGCAACGCAUGUUGAUCGAGAAUGAUGAAGUGCGCGUGAAGGCCAAGAACGAGGUGGUAGCUGCACAGGAGAAGGCCCAGCGUGAAAUUGCCGAAGCUCAGAACCAACUGGCAGUUGUGCGCGCGAAGGUGCGACUGCAGGAACGCAGUCCUGAUGUGGGGCGAAUAGAUGCAAUGGCCGACGAGAUCAAGACAUACAAGGCACAAGUGGAACGUCUGAAGAAGAUCGAGGCAGAUCGGACAGUACUACUUACUACGCGUUACCGUGGGGAAUGUCGGGUUGCUGCUGUUGACGCACAGCGUGUGCUGGACUCCGUGGUGGGAAUGUUCCGAACGAAGCUUCGACAAGUGGGUCGUAUGAGUCGAGAUAGCACAGGCAAAUCGGAGCUGGAAGUGGCGUGUGACGGCGUGCGGCGUCUCGCCUUCAUGAAGCUUUUUCGUAUAGCACACGACUUUGCCUUCUACGCAUCGGCAGCAUUCCACUCGCAGGACCCAGUGCGGCACACAAUCGAGCAAGAACAGUUCUUGGACUUGUUUGGCCACUCUCUGUGUCAUGAAGAACGCGCAGGCUUGUUCUACGUAGCCACAGCUCCCAUGGUCGUCAUGUUCGACCCUAACGCUGAAAGUAUAGUACUCAAAUGUGAAUGGGCCGAGCAGAACGCUCUCCGUGACCUCGCACGUACUGUCCGCUUCUGAACUUGAUAGCUCCCCGCUAGAUUAGAAUGCUGAGGAUUCACUGUAUGACGUAGCUGAAUUUCUAUGUGUGCAAUUGAUUCUGACUUGUUUGCCUGCUACUUAGUUAAUUCCUGGA